CAUGUCGGACGUAACGGAAGAACAGGUUUCCGUGUCGCCUCAGGAGGGGGUCGAGAUCUCGGAAGGUGGAGGGGCUGCGGUAGGGGUGCUGGAGCCGGCUCCCGCCUUAGCUGUUUCCCCGGUGUCUGAGGAACCUGCUGGGGACACGAAAAAGAAAAUUGACGUUUUGCUUAAGGCUGUUGGAGAUACGCCUAUAAUGAAGACCAAGAAAUGGACUGUAGAGAGAACUCGCACAAUCCAGGGGCUAAUUGACUUUAUCAAAAAGUUUCUCAAGUUAAUGGCCUCAGAACAGCUGUUUAUUUAUGUGAAUCAGUCCUUUUCGCCUUCACCAGACCAGGAAGUUGGAACACUCUAUGAGUGCUUUGGAAGUGAUGGCAAGCUGGUACUGCAUUAUUGUAAAUCUCAAGCCUGGGGAUGAAUUAAGACCUGCCAUUUCUGAGGACUGUCAGAGAGCAAAUGGGCUGUAAUCUUCAGAGAUAUUCCCUGUGGGCAAACUGAAGAGAUGUUGGCACAGUUGCCCAUGGAAUUUAUUCUCCCUCAAGUUUUCUCUGUAGGUCAAUGCAGGCGAUUAGAAGAACUACAUAGGUUUCUCAGCCUGAUAAUUUAUUUCUUUUGUGGAAAUAAUUGUGUUUGUGCCCUUGAACAACUGAGCUAGCUACUUUUUCAUGCUCCACAACUCUGAGGUUUCUUUCUGGAAAAGAGAUACUGCUGUUCUAACUUAAGAGUCCACAGUUCAUCAUUCACCAGGUUGUAUGGAAGUUAUAUCCUCUUCUUGCAGAAGAAUGCUUACUGGAGUUUCUGUAGCUUAGAUACAAUAGUUAAAAUUUCUAUUUUCUGUUGUCCUUCUUGUUUGAAGCACAGUACGUUCCAGUUUCUGGUUCCUUGCACUCAUAAGAGUUUGGAAUUGUAUUUCAGUUAGCACCCCUCCCUCUCCCUCAGAUUGCAAACUUUGUCUGAAUACAAUUUGUGAUAUGGCAUGUAGGGGGUGGGAGUGUUCUGCUAUUUAAAGAAAAAAGGCCUUUGGCCAACCAUUUGAAGGUUUUUACAUUCUGGGCAACCUGUGCUUGCUUUCUAAUAUAAUAUGUUCAAAUUAUUGCUGUAUGGUUACUUGUAUCACUAUGAAAACAUUUGGUGUUCUGAAAUCUAUGGUCAGAGACUGAAUAUGAGUAUUAUACUAUCCUGCUGCCAGUGACUCAUGCUCAUUGUGCUUCCUCAUCUCAGUUUUUUAGUAUUGCUGCUAUAAGAUUUUUGCCAUCAUAUUCUUAUUUUUUGACAAUCCCGUGCCUUUUCAGAGCUUUUCUUCCGCCAGGUUAAAUGCCAACUCUUCUGUGGUUAUAAAAGGUAAGGUAUAUUAAGGCCCCGGUCAC